CGCUCUUCCUGUUAUCAAGUUAAAAAUAGUUUCUGUGGCGAUAGUGAAUUCUGUUUAUUCAUUUAAGUUCUUGCAGAAGGCAGUGAUGCCUCAAAUCACGUCAGGUGUGAUUAUGCAGCUGACGCUCCUGCUGUCAGCUCUACCUGCGCAAUAUCUCAUCUCCAAAUGGACCAGCGGUACCGAGAUACAACGACACAUCGCCACUCAGAGAAUAAUUGACACGUGGGACUCUAUAAGAAAAUCCUACUUGAACACGACUGCUUGGGUUGACUGGCUAAAUACCUGGAUUCCCAAACUGCCGACCUUCGGAGAGGAAGAGGAUGAGUACCCAACUCUAGAAGAAGCGCUUGCAAUCGAGCUGAUGAUGCAUGAUAAUGAGCACGGGUACUUUGCAGUGUCAAAAGAGGUGCGAAGACCCAGGCCAACAUACGUGCUGCACCGUGUAGGUCAAGUUGUGAUAGAGACACAAAAUAAGAUGGUGGGGGUGAUCGUGGGAUGGGAUGCAGAACUCAGAGCCCCUCCAGAGUGGUAUAAGAGAAAGAAAUACACCGAUUCAGAGCUGGAGAGAGCCAAGGACACUCCUCAUUACAGAAUUAUGUUCAGUGGACCUGAUUCCUCAUCAAUACUGAUUGGAUACAUUCCCCAGUAUAAUGUCAAGCUCUUUCAAGGCUUUCAGCCUGACAUUCCUAUUCUAGAGCGGUAUUUUUCACACUUCGAUGGGGAAAAGUUUGUAAUGGAGAAAUGGUUGCAAGAAAUCUACCCUGACGACUGAAGGAGUGAAAACCUGAGAGGUUUUAAAAACAAUUUGAAACACAGUGGCGCCAUAAUUUUGUGUACAGUGGACACUUGGAAACACAGGCAUGGUGACUGCUACCCCUCAACAGUAUUGAUUAUUUUGAAUCAAUGGGAAAAAAAACAAAGACAAAAGGAAGCGAAUUUGAGAGAUAAAUCUUGUUUACAUUCCAUAUAUAUGUAGACUGAGUAAGUCCAGUUAUUAAACUUAGUCUUGUGGAAUAUAUGUCAAUAUAUGAUAAGCGCUUUCUCAGGGCAGAACUAAAACACAAAAUGCAAUUUUUAGUAUCGCUUUUAUGUUAUUAAAAUGAUAAUGCCUUGUAGACUUUGCAAGAGAUGAAGUUAUGAGGAAAACAAUUGUGGUGUUAAAGGUCAGUUAUAAAUGAAAUGAAAUGUUAUAUAAAAUGCCAUUAGAUCAAAAUACACACAUGUUGACCUGACUCAGACAGAUUCCAGAAAAUCAAUUAAGUAAACUUUCAGUUAAUAUGAUCUAGUAUAUGUAUUUACAUGAGAAAAAUAGGAUUUGUUUAAAACAGUAUUGAGAAUGUGGUAAACAGUGUUAAAAUGAAUACAUGCCAUUAAUACAUGAUUUCUUAUUAAAGUUUAAUUUAUUUAAAAUAGGCCUACUCAAAAUAUUGUCUUUCUUUUUUGAAAGCCAUCAGUCUAUAGAGUGUUUUCACAACACGUCAUCAAUCAGCCAUAUUGGCG